AACUUGUUGUGCGGUUCCAAACCACUAUCGUCCUGCUUGAAUAGAGAAUACUCCUCAGUCUUAUUAGGGAUUGGGGUCUCUUUGUUGUAUAUAGAUCCCACUUGCGACGAAAUCGAAAUCAAUUUAGGCUUCAAGUUCUCUUGCCCUUAGGGCGGCCUUUAUAGUUAUUCGGCACUUGAUAGCGAAUAUUUUCCCAAAUAUUAAUUCCAACAAUCUAUAUCCUCUACUUUCAGCUUGAAUAAGCCUUCCAUAUACAACAACCGGAUUUCAACAAAGCUGUUUUUGAUUCCAGCUUGCUCCCAAAUCGCAUCCCAAUAUCAAGUUCGAUAGAUACUCGAACGACGCCACCAGCAACAUCCAGGGUCUCAAUCAUGUCACACUCCAAACGCAACACAUCACUCGCAUUUUUCACAUCGUACGAGCGCUCACUGCUCAAAUCCAGCUGGGGCAGCCAAUCGACCCGCUUGUCCCGAGAGUCUUUCCUCCCAUUUGGAUAUUGCCGACUAUGUCUAGGCUUCGCCAAUUCCCCUGUCACCUGCACAGAUGGCUACGUGGACGGACUGGGACAAUCCCAACCGAUCAAAGUGCACUUAUUCUGCCGCGAAUGCGCAUUGAAUGAUCUCAUGGCGCAACGAAAGGAAAUCAAGCGUUUGGAACGGGAAAGCGAGCUCCGCGAAAGAGAGGAGCGCGAAGCCGCUGAACGGGAGGAAGAGGAACGACGACGCCGUGAUCUCGAGGGUUUCGAGAGGGCCGAGAUGGGCUUUGAUGAUUCCGUGCUCCCCGGGACCAAGAGAAAACGGGUUGCUGAGGAGAUGCAUUCCCGCAGCACCAACGACGCCGACCUCCCAGAAAAAAAGGUCAAGUCGUCAGCAGCAUCCGAAGCCAGUUUCUGGGUGCCUGGAUCGGAUACUCUUGCGGCAGCCAACAACAACAAAAACUCCAAAUCGAACCAAAUGUCAAAACUGCAUCCCUUAUGCCCGGCCUCGACUCCUGCAACCAAGCAUUCUUACUCGCUCAAGUCGCUGGUCACUGUCAACUUUACAGAAGAGAGCGAGGCGGAGAGGGACUCACAGUCGACACCAGGUAACAAGUCGGCUGAUGAACGGGUCCGGAUUUGUCCGAGUUGCAAGAAAGCCCUGACGAAUUCGUCAAGGCCCAUGCUGGGCACGGCUGAGGGUUGUGGACAUGUCGUCUGUGGAGGCUGUGCCGAGUUAUUGGUCUAUUCGGGCCCAAUAUUGGCAUCAUCGGAAAGGAAAAGCUCGAGCUCGAAACCGAAUCUCAGCGCGAGGAACCAAGACCAGGGGUCUGCUAAAGCGGAGAGCAUCUCCAGCGGGAACAAGGAGAAAGGGGAACAGGAACAGGAACAGCUGCGGCCACGAAUAACCUGUUUUGUCUGCGAGGCGGAUCUAAGUGGCACUACCACCACCAACAAAGCAGACAGCAGCGAGGCGACGGAGAACAACGGGGCAUCCAAAAACGAUAAAAACCAAAAAGAAGGCGAGCGACGACAGAAGAGGCCUGGCAGACUGGUCGAGAUCAGCUGCGAAGGCACAGGGUUUGCUGGCGGAGGGACAAACGUGGCGAAGCGGGAGGGUGUCGCUUUUCAAUGUUAGCCUGAGUCGAGUCGGGUACUCCUAAUAAAUAUCUUACAGUAUGCUACAGCAAGUCUUCUCUACAAGGUCACGGAGGUUGAAGAUGUUAGUAAUUGGGCAUCUUGACAAUGAGCAUUGGUUCCUGUAUCACAGCUCGAGUAGUUUGUCUUUGAGCCAAAUUGUCGUCACACGUUCGUGGCUAGCUAUAACCGAUUUCAAAUCGUCCAGGAAGAAUCAAGCUGCCAAGGUACCG